UGGCUGCUGAUUCCGACCCGCAGAAGAAGACGCCGGCGGGGAGACAAGAGGAAGAAAAUGACAGGGCGCGCAAAAAGAAAACCCAAAUCCAGUCAGGAGUCAGGUACUGGCAAUGGGGAGUUGAAGAAAGCCCGUACUGAUGAACCCAAAGCCGCGCCAUCGUCAGACGUGCGUUCAAAGCAACGAGAUGAGAUGAUGCAACUGUACAAGCUUCAAAUGCCAGAAGACCUGUACCUCUUCUGGGACUUCUGCAAGGAGCUUUGUCCCGACAGCCCCCGUGGCGCUCUGAAAGACACGCUGGGUUUGCAGCUGGUUGGUCCAUUUGACAUCCUUGCAGGAGCCCACAAAAACUCCAACAAUCCUCACCCCAACUUCCACCUCCACUGGCGGUAUUUAUACGACCCGCCGGAGUUCCAGACCAUCAUUCUGGGGAGCGGAGACAGUCAACAUCACAUCGGCUACUACAGAGACGCUCCAGACUCCCUCCCUGCGUUCGUUGGGGGAAAUGAAGCCAAGAAAGGCUGCACUAUCACGCAGAUGGGAGACAACGUGUUCGCUGCUGUCCUCCUGUAUCUGUUGAAGAGGAGGAAAGAGAGGGGCAGCAAGAAAGCAGGGGGCGAGCCCUUGGACAGCUUGGAGGCACAGCUGAGGGACCGGGCGGAGACUCUGGGCUUGUCCCUAGAGCAGAAGACCAAAGGCAUGAAGCAGCGGGACAAGAAGGUGGUCACCAAGACGUUCCACGGUGGCGGCAUCGUUGUACCUGUAGACAAGAACGAUGUUGGAUACAGAGAACUACCAGAAACAGAUGCUGGCCUCAAGAAGAUCCUGAAGGCGAUCGCUGAGGCCCGGAACGACGAGGAGCGCGUCAAAGCCUUCGGACCUCUGCAGGAGAUGGUCACGUUUGUCCAGUUUGCCAACGACGAGUGUGACUACGGCAUGGGAUAUGAACUAGGAUUGGACCUCUUCUGCUACGGAUCCCACUAUUUCCACAAGGUUAUCAGGCAGCUUCUGCCCAUGGCCUACAGCCUCCUGAAACGGAAUCUAUUUGGGGAGAUUCUGGAGGCCCACCUCUCCAGCCGCAGCAACGACAACCUGGACCAGCUCUCCGCACAUUAGAGUGAAAAAAAGACUCCGAAGUACACUCCAGCUCGAGCUCUGAUAAGCUUUUCCCCACCACGUGUCCUUGUCUGACUGUUGUUUGUUAUUGUUCAUGUUUCCUGGUGGUUUUGGUGCUGCUGUCAUUGAUCGGAACCCGUUCAAUGAUAAUCUUGUUUGUAAAAGGUU